AUGCUGAUUCAGGAUUUCGUAGCUUGUGGUAUACGCCGAUCCUCGCUCGCUGAGGGCGCUGCGCCUCGUCGAUCGAGAUUUUCGCAGAUUCAUGACGCCGGAAAUUUUCAAGAGCAGCCCAUUCCCGAUGGGAAAUGCGAUACUGCAGUUAACGGAGGCAGAUCAGCUAAGCCAUGUGUAGGCCUCGAUCGAAAAUUUACCUGGGAGCCAAGCAUGAUGGAUGUCGGAUUGGAGCAAUGGAUCAAACCUGAAAUGAUGGAUCGAGAGGGCUCGAAACAACUUCAGAAUAUCAUCAGAGUGCGAAGCUAUCUCUUCAACGACUUUGACAUGGGCGGAACGGUGGCACGAAUGUUUCUAAAGUGCCCGAAGCUGAACGAACUCUACAUCAUCUUCCCAGCCGAUCGAUGGCAGUCCAACACAUCGACUCCCACAGGAACUCGCGAUCGGCGUCAUCAGCGACAAUCCCGUGAAAAUGGUAUAUUUCAAUGGCUUGCGCAUGACCGAUUUGCCCACGGAGAUGGGCAGGCGCAGAUUCAGCCCUCGGCUCGAUCAUUGAUAACAGCAUCGAGACACUGGAGUUCAGUAUCGAUUGUGAAUGCGAAUCGGCCAAGCCAGCAAUCAAUGUUGACCAGUCGUCUCAGGCGGUACGCUUUUCCACAGCUAUACCGUCUUGCUGUUAACUUCGACUAUCAUACACCGCCAUCUUUGCGUGGUAAUCACCAUUUGAGUUGGAGUGGUGUCAAGCUGCCUGCCCUUCGCUACGUCUCGCUUUCUAAUCUCAGUACAGACAGCGAAUCCAUGCUGGGUCUACUCUGUCCAAAUUCGGGCACGCUCGCGACACCCUUCCAGUACUAG